UUCCGAAGCUCCCAUUCGAUUGAUGGGAAGGGGUAACAGGUUGGAGAGUGUACCCGUUCGGAAUCUACACUAGCAGAAUCUGGUGGAGGACAGGAGAGAAACCCAAUCAUGGUGGAUGGCUCGAUAUUUUAAGCGCCCAGCUGGGUGCCGGCGUCGCUUCCUGCCAUGUCAUUGGUCGUAUUCUCUGCAACGCUGUCGAUGGACAGGCCCCAUUGGCGCGCGCCUUGUCUUGUCAUGGCACGCUUGGUUCGCCGGAUUCUUCUUGGUCGACCUUCUGCGCAACCUGAUUCGGUCGCACAGUUUUCUCCCACCCUCGUCAACCGGCUAUCUCGAACUCUUGGUGCUGCCCAACCCCAAGCUCGUCCUGUGAGACACUGGGAAGAGCGAAGCCAAGUCUCGCCGACUGCCAGGGCCCGGCCGCCAGAGUCACGUCAACGGGCGACAACGGGGGCGCAAUAUGGGAGGACAUGGGGCAAUAUCAGCGGGAAUCCGGCUUUCAUAUGAUGCUAGAGAGCGUGCUAGCCGCUGUGGUGGGAAUCAGCGGACAGACAGUCCAGGUGGACCCUGCUGUCACCAUCACGCACCUGACCAUCCAUCCAUCUUUUUGUCUUUUAUAAUAUCGCAUGGCCCAGACCGGCUGCGUUGAGCAGUCCUGUUUAGAUCUCCAUUCUCUUCUUAUACCUUUCUGCG